CCGAGUGGUUGUGUCUCGUGUUUAUUAUUGUAAUUUGUAAGGAUUUUGGUUGGUUUUUUCAGCUUUUUUUAAAUAAAAAUGAGGGGUAAAGGUGGAAGACGUGGUGGUCGAGGUGGCCAUAUACCCCAAGCAUUUUUUAGACCUGCCCCUGGACAAAAAUUUGUGGUUACACAUUCACCAUUUGAUCUUUUUAAGGCAUCCGGAGCAUUUCAAAGAGCUGCUCCAGAGGCUGAUGAAUCUGCUUUGACCCAGGCUCUCUUAAAACGAAACCAGGAACUUACACAGUCUUCACAUGAACAGGCAGCUGUGCUAAACAUGGUCACAAAAGUAACAGAUAUGAUUGACAUACUUAUUGUCAGUCCAGAUGCCGCAGAGUUGGGCAUUGAAGAAGUUCGACCAGUUGGUUCCUAUAAGAAAGGCACAAUGUUGGCAGGUCAUCCUAUUGCUGAUCUUGCUGUUAUACUUAAAAGAUUACCAACCAUUGAAAGCAUACAACAAGUUGCAGACAGAAUUCUAAUUGGACUGAGAGAACCAAGUUUAGGUUUGGACGAAGUCACCCUUCAGGUUAAUGAAGGAGGUUUUAACUUAAGUUCUGGCGGUGUCGUCGUGAGAAUAUUGAUAACGACUUUACCAAAAAAUCUUCGGGACGCAAAACCAGAUACACACGUCGAUGUAAAACUCCUUGAGGGUGCAUUAGCAACGAUACGACACUCGAGAUGGUUCGAGGAAAAUGCUUUCCACACGACAGUUCGAAUUUUGGUCCGAUUACUGAAGGAUAUGAAAAACAGAUUUAAUACAACCGGCUUGCAAGGCCUUACGCCCUGGUUGAUCGACCUUCUGGCACACAGGGCAACAGUUUCGGUGUCAAAUGAACCUGUCACAAUCAACGUCGCGUUCAGACGAGCACUGCAGUUAUUGGCGUCGGGACUAUUCCUUCCAGGAUCUAUUGGUAUUAUCGAUCCUUGUGAGUCUGGAAAUGUCCGAGCUCACAGUGUACUAAGCUUGGAAGAACAGGAUGCCAUUGCCACAUCUGCUCAAACUCUCCUACGAUGUUUAUCCCAUGGCGCUGUUAAAGAAGUUCUUGGCUCGGUAUCAGAAGGUGUUCCUUCCGUUGCUGUGGAUUCGGAGGUGACGAGCUGGGGCGGUGUUAUCGUCACACCCGGCACGAAAGCUUACGAAAAGGAAGAGAAACCAGAGGAGGGUGAGACGAUGGAGAGCGAAGAAUCUGCUGAAACCUCGGGGGAGGCAACGAGCGAGAACCCCACCUCUGGAACCCCCACUUCUGCCGAGGUGGAAGACGCCGAAGCUGAAGAAAAAAUGGAAACAAUGGCUUCGUGAAUUGAGUGAUUUUACGAAUACGUACUGCAAAUAUUAUCGUGAUCUUUCUAGCCUGUCAAUUUUGCGUCGACAAACUAUACACUAGACUUUACUUGUGUUUUAUGCUAAAUUUUAGUUUGGAGUGAACGUAUUGUAAAUUAAACUGUAGUCGAGACACCA